CCUCCCCCCCACACACCAUUAAACUACGACCUAAUGAGAACAAUCUGUGGAUAAAUAGUGAGAGAGAGAGAGAGAGGGUGAUAGAAACAAAAAGUGAGAGAAGGGGGUGAAGGAAAGUGGAGAAAGAGAAGUAGGCAAAAUAUCCAGCGGGUAAUGAACUUAUCCCGGGGAUUCAUGCAUUUAUAUAUUUAUUUAUUUUAGUGGCCGGCAAAGCUUUCAAACAGCCAGCAGCUGUAUGACGUUUCGCAAGGGGAGAACAGAGCUUUCGGAAACUUCCUUUCUUCUCCUCGUCUUCCUCGCUCCUGGCUGUGGGGAGACUUCUCUCUUUGUGAAUCCGCAGGUCACCUGGACGCACCAUGAUGUUCUCCUGGGUUGUCUGCCUGGCCUGGGCAUCAGUGCUCUCACUGCAGGUCUGCUGGUGUGAGGCCACGCCCCUUCCCGUCUACAUAGCCACAGAGAGCAGUGGAGACCAGGACCUGGACACAUCAGUAGCCACGCCCUCCACUGCUCCCAUCUACGUCCACAUGACCCCGCUCCACACCACCCACGGGGUUCUGACCCACAUCCCCGCCCACCCAUCAGACAGCACAGGUGUGGAGCACUUCCUGCUGGGGCAGGUGCGGGGCUUCCUGCGCGAGAACCUGGUCAUGGUGCUGCUGGUCUCCUCUCUGCUGACCGCCGGCGUUUUCCUGGUCUGCUGCGCUUCCGCCGUCAGACGCCAGCGCAAGUUUGCGGCCUACUACCCGUCCUCCUUCCCCGCCACGUGCUACGUGGACCAGCGCGAUAAGGCAGGGGGAGAGCCUGCGUUCCGCCACGUGCCCAACAGGCCCCCCGACGCGCCAGCCGCAGAACCCCGUGACGCUGCCCACCAGCUUCAGCAGGACAUCCUGAGUGCGGCCCGGAAACUGCGCCAAACUCCCACAAAAAACCCCGCGAGAGGGCAGGGCGGCAAGAGCGACAAACACAGCCCCCCUGAGGUACGACGAAGGCAACUGGACACCCCUCAAACAGAAGAAACCUCCACAGAGAAGGGGCAGGAAGUGACACCCACAGAGAAGGGGCAGGAAGUGACCCCCACAGAGAAGGGGCAAGAAGUGACACCUACAGAGAAGGAGCAGGAAGUGACACCCACAGAGAAGGGGCAGGAAGUGACACCUACAGAGAAGGGGCAGGAAGUGACACCCACAGAGAAGGGGCAGGAAGUGACACCCACAGAGAAGGGGCAGGAAGUGACACCCACAGAGAUGGGACAGGAAGUGACCCCCACAGAGAAGGGGCAGGAAGUGACCCCCCCAGAGACAGAACAGGAAGUGACUCCCGCAGAGACAGAACAGGAAGUGAUACCUGCAGAGACAGGACAGGAAAUGGCCCCCACAGAGAUGGAACAGGAAUUGACCCCCACAGAGACAAGUCAGGAAGUGAAGGAAACUGUGCUGGAAGCAGACCUCUCUCAGAGUGCAGUGUCAGAGUGGGGGUCUGGCACAAACAAGGACCCAGGGGCCCAACAGGAAAUUGGGUCAUCAACAGCUGAAACUCAGGAAGUAGCCGCUUCAUCUGUGAAGCUGAUCAGUGGGGAGACGACAGCAUUUUAACAAGGGCCACCAAACUGCCAAAAUUUCACCCUCAAAACAGAGAGGGCAGGGCUGUUUCUCUGUCUACUUCCUGACCACAUGACUAUGCUUCUCUUCCAUCGUUCAGUAUGUGUAAAUUGAGAGUUCCACUGAAGGUGUGACCUGUUAGAUUAUGAUUGCCUUACCAGUUAAUGUGACUCUUUACCCUGACGGUCUUCAGAAUGUUAUAUCUCAUAUGACGAUGGAGUAUCUUAGAACCCUGGAGAACAUUACAUUACAUUACAGGCAUUUGGUGGACGCUCUUAUCCAGAGCGACGUACAACAAAGUGUAUACCCAUAACCAGGAACAAGUGUGUCGAAAACCCUAGAGAGAAGUACCGUUCCAAGUGCAGGGAACAACCACAUAGUUUAACUUGGAGAAAAACAAUAAUCAGCAGACAAUGUCAAUUUUAGCUUGUUUAAAUAAAACUCACAUUAAUCCUGUGAUAUAGGAUUUUAUGGUACUGCCAAACACUGGGGCAUCCUGUUCAUAGACUGAAGUGCUUUGCUGCGACUCUCCCUCAUUGUCAUCUCCACAUGCUGAUCCUAGAUCUGUAUCACCUUCUUCCUCCUUGCUAAAACUGACCAUGUCCACUGAUCCUGGAUCAGCUGACUGGGGAAUCCUAUUAGAGAGACUUCUGUGCACUUGGUACUUAUUAGCUGAUGCAUACGACUGUCCAGAGUUUCCUGUUGACCAGGAUCGGUUUUGUAUGUUUUUCACAUAAAUAAUAUGAUAAAUCCCCCUCCCUUCCAGAUCACAGUAGGAAAUGAACUGCUCUGGUCUUGUGUGGCCAGUGGGUGUAUAUUUUCUGUUCUCUUCCCAUCCCCAUUGAAGCUACAGGUAUCUGACCCCUGACUGCCACCCGUUCCAUUAUUGGCCUAGGUAUUUUCUGUUCUUCUUGAUUGGCUGAUGUGUUUCAAGUACUUGCAGCCUAUCACAGACCAGCAGCCAGUAUGAAGACCCACUUCCACCUCAGCUCAGGGCCAUUUGGUCAUCGUUGCCACGGUCCAUGGAUAUGUGUAAUGUGAGUUGCCAAGGUUAUUGUUUGGCAUUUUUUUAGGGGUGGGGUACCAUUUUGUUUCAUAUUACGUUUUCACCUGUUUAUGCUAGUUUAAGGGGUUAGGUUUAGAUCAUGUACUUUUUAAUUUGUGGCAGAUCAGUUAGCUUGGUUUUAUUUGAAAAUAGUUCUGGUUUGUUUGUUGUAUUGGCCUAGGUCAAUCACUCUGAAGUCUGUUGUGUUUUAAUUUUUAAGCACCCUUCUGUAAAUAAAACUCUCUUGUGCACUGCAAA